AUGUCAAGUAAAGAGCAGAAUAAAGUUAAUAUCACAGAAUCAACAAUGAAAAGGAAUUGGACGACGCUGCUGAAGAUAGACAUCAAUGAUAUUCUUGGCAAGAUGAUUGAACAAGAUCUCAUAUCUAUUGAAAAAAGCAGAGAAUUGAGAGAAAUAGGAACAAAAACUCGCCAAACAGAAGCUCUCCUUUAUCAAGUGAUUGAAAAACCACAACCUUACCUGGAUGCUUUUAUCAAGAUACUGGACGUAAAAGGAUACGACUUUAUAGCCCAAAAACUUCGAAAAGAUGCAGUCAAAGAAGCGUCCGAGGUAACAUAUCGGGACCAUUCUGACACUCUUCAACAAGAAAAAGAAACAUUUUCUGAAAGUGCAAUGCAACAAUCAGAAAUGGAGGAAAAACUGGUUCAGAGAGCCAUGAAGCGUAUUGAAAAGAAUCAGUCACAGUUCACAGAAGAACAGAUGCAGACAUUAAUGAUGCAAAUGGAAAAGCACCAGUUAAAGAUGGCAGAAGAACAGGAGCAGGUAUUAAAGGAGCAACUUGAAAAGCAAACGUUAGAGAUGACAAAACAUUAUACGCAGAUAUCAAAGAAGCAAGAGGACAUGAAAAAACAAAUUUCUAAAAUUAAGCAAAAAGAUGAUAAUCACAAAGAAUGCGAGACCAAAAUAAAACAGCUGGAAUCCAAAAUUAGAACAUUGGAGAACACAUUACAACAGGAACGUGCAAAAGUGAAUGAUGACGUCACAAAUGCUUGGGAAAAAAUUGAUCUGUUGGAAGAAGAGAGAGAUAAAUUGCAGGAUGAUUUAGCACAGGCAAGAAAGGAUUAUGUUGCAAUGUUUAACGAAAUGAAAAAAGACAUUCUUCCCCUCAAAACCUCAAAUAACAGGGUCGAAAAAUGUGAUAACUUCCGCAGAAACCUGAAUCAGGAACACUCAGACAGAUGUCAAGCUGACAGAAGGGCAAAAAAGGGAGAGGGUGUGUCAAAGAAGAAGAAUUGA